GGGAAAUUCGAGUGACUAGACCAGUUGGUCCGUGAGGCGUGAACACUUCAGCUAAGAAAUACAGACAGAAAAAGAGAGAGAGACCGUGAGAGAGAGAAGAUGACAUUGGGUCUGAUCAACGCCAACCCCGUCGUUCACGCUAAGAAGGAACGGGUCGCUCGUACCGAAGAUCCUCAUGGAGACGAUGCCGUUGAUCCUCUUGAAAUUUAUGAUUUCGUGAGGGAUAUAAGAGAUCCAGAGCAUCCGUACUCCUUGGAACAGCUCAGUGUUCUUUCGGAGGAAUCGAUCACCGUCGAUGAGAAGCUCGGUCGAAUUCUGAUAACUUUCACACCAACCAUCCAGCACUGCAGUAUGGCAACCGUAAUUGGUCUAUGCCUGAGAGUGAAACUGCAGCAUUGUUUCCCUCCGCAUUAUAAGGUAGACAUCAAAGUAUCUCCUGGAUCUCAUGCAAAUGAAGAAUCAGUUAAUAAGCAGUUAAAUGAUAAGGAACGAGUUGCUGCUGCCUUGGAGAAUCCCAACCUUCGCCAACUUGUGGAUGAGUGUCUCUACUCCAAUGAACUUUGACCAAGUACGCUUUUGCACUGUACAGGGUGAACUUCACCAGUUGCCAAAUGCAAUAAGAACUGUUCUUUCUUUCUGUAUUAUGAUCUACAUUUACUUAAUGUUAGAAGCUCUUUGCGUAUGUGCUUACUAUUUGUUGGGUCCGAUGGAUGUAACCUAGAACUGCAUGCUGAUAGCAGACUCCUUAAUGCACAAAAUGCCCCUAUCAAUAUAAGACUCUGAUUAUCA